AUGAACCAUGGCGCGCACGGACAGUGGCUCCGUGGACAGCGCCCAGAAGAUGACCACUUGUUGCCCAGUCGAGUGGUGCGCGCCGCCCAACUUAGACCGUCCAAGAGGAACUGCUUCGCUUGUUUGGGCGUGGCUUUAGUGGCUGCCAUCUGUUUGACGUGCUUGCGAAGCCUUCACCGAGAGGCGCUGACGGGCAGCGUGGCGAGAGUACGAGCGGUGGAGGAGCUCUACUCCUUUGGCACGCCAGGGGCCACGAAGACCCUCUUGAGCGACAUGUCUCGACACGACGGCUGUUUUGGUGGCCUGCGUGUGUACAUGAGGAGUGCUCGGCGCGGAUGGGGUGUGGAUACUCCCGUUUACGAUCCUGUGGCAUGGAUCACGGAGCAGUUCAGCUAUCGACAUGCCAGGAUGCGCUCCUUGGAGCUUUGGGAGCUCAACCUGAUGGAAGAUGAAAUUUCGCCGUGCCGUGCUUCGACGGAGGAUCCUCCCGCUGACACCUUCUGGUGGAUUGAAGGGCAUGUCUCAUAUGAAGCGGCCUUGAAGCACCACCUGCAAGCCAGACAUGAGGAGCCGGGUUUCCCAAGCCCCGCUGGCUGA